CCUAUAAAAUAAUAUUUUAUUUAACGAAAAGAAACUAACACAGUUAGAGGCGAACAGAGUCGACCUUUACCAAAAUGUAUGGGAGAAGCCAAUAAUACAUUUUGGUGUCGGUGAAGAAGCAGCAGCAGCAAUACGAACGCCACCAUCACAACAAUAAAAAAUGGGACUAGCACCAGAAGGAGAAUAUUACUAUGACAAAGUAAUAAAACCAGAAGAAGAAGAAGAAGAAGACGAAGAAGACGAUGAUGAAUCAGAUUCAUCAGAAGAAUCAGAUUCGGAGGAGUUGAUGAUGCAUGGGAAGGGAAAUGGAAAGAGAGAGAUAAGGAUGAUAGAGCACUACUCUUCCUCUCAUCGAAUAUUGUUGGUCGGUGAAGGAGAUUUCUCCUUCUCUCUCUCUCUUGCCAAAGCCUUUUCCUCUGCCCGCAACAUCGUCUCCACUUCUCUCGACGCCCACAAGGAUCUAGAGAAAAAGUAUAAUAAAGGGACAUGGAACGUAAGGGAGUUGGAGGAGAUGGGUGGACUGGUGUUGUGCGGAGUGGAUGCUACUAAGAUGAGCCAACACUUCUUCCUCUCUACUCAGAGGUUUGAUCGCAUCAUCUACAACUUCCCCCAUGUUGGUUUCAUCUUCCCCGAGGCUAAUUCCUGCCAGAUCAAAGUACAUUGAACGGGGAUGCUUAAGAAUCAGCAAAGGCAGAGAAGAGGGUCAAGAAACUAAAAGAAUGAUAACAAAGUCUAAGUAGGUUUAAACCUCUUCAAGCCAAACUCUAUUAGAACAAAAGGAGGAAAGAUUUGAAUCUUUUUUUUGGACCAAUUUUGUCACAGAAUCAGCAAAGAUGAGUUUCUUCAACAAAAAGUACUCUAAGAUUGAGGCAUUGUGUUAUAUAUGCAACGAACUUAUAAUAUUAUUAAUCCAAGUUCUGGGUAAUAAUGGAAAGGCUAGAGUUCUGGGUAUCCUGGAUUGUGAGAAAAUGUUCUUGUUGCUGAUAUAUCACUAGAAAUCAGCAGAGCAGGGCACUCCCUCUGGCCUUUGGACUCUUUAUCUCUUGGAUGUUUGGGAAUGGAAUGAAAUUUAGGAUUGUAAAGAUUAAAUUAUUUGGUAAUUUGUUUAAUAUUUCUUAUGAAUGUCAACUACACAUCACAAAAAUUAGAUAGCAAGAAUUAACCCCCAUUGGUUACUGCGGUGAUGGUUCCUCCAUCAAUCUCUGCUUCCAACAUCCUGGCUCUGUAUCCAGGACAAGGGGUGGAAAUUUGACAACACUUCUUAUUCAAGAGUGGAUUUAGAAGUUCAAGUUGAAGUUUGAUAUUGCAUCUUUUAUGCGUACAAAGUAUUGUUUCAAUUCUAUUCUUUGCUUUGUGUUUCCAUUCAUUUCUUUCUAAAAGAGAUUUCACAAAAGGACCAUCUGAAUGAAAACCCCAAUUCAUUUGAAUUUUGAUUGGACUGACUG